AUGCCGGCCAUCUUUGCUGACCAAGUUCUUCCCGUCGGGAACGAGCAGAAGAUCAAGCUCGACGCUUCGAUCAAGGACCAAGAAAUCGCACAGCGCAAGGUCCCCAGCACCGCCGACUGCGCAACCCACCUCAGACUCCUCGACACAUUCGUCGCGCUCCGCAGAAGCGUCGAGCUGCUCGCCGAUGAAGCAGACCUCACCGCCGCGCAAGGCUGGGAUCUGUACUGCAGACGCGCCGUCUCUCGCUUCGAGAAAUGGUCCACCAGCACGCAGAGGGGGCAGCCUCCCGUCGACGUCUUGAUGGCGUGGCACGCCCUCAUGCUGCACCCUAAGGCGUACGCCAGGUUUAUCGAACUUGGCGGCAGUCUCGGCCUAGACGGUCUGGACUGGACUGAAGUCUCGAACGCGGUCGACAUCGACAUCACCUUGUCCGGAUUCCUCGAUUCGAUCGAGGCCGACGGAACCCUCGAGUCUCUCGUCGCCGAGGGCCGUCAAUCCACCGGCAUCUUCAACCUCAAGAACCCAGCCGGCACGGUCCUCUUCUCAUACGACCUCUCCGCGGCGAUUAACCGCCAAUUCGACUUUUCCACAAAGAUGUCCCGCUACGCCUGGCUGCGUUCGCCCACCGCGGAGGCCACCCUCGCACAGUCCGUCGAGCGUUACCGCAACUUCUUCCACCUCAUCGGCGCCCACCCCGGCACGGUGAUGGUCCCGACCCUGGACAUCGACCUGGUCUGGCACACCCACCAGCUCGCGCCGCUGCGGUACCGCGCCUACUCCAAGAAGAUGGCCAGCCGCCUCAUCGACCACGACGACGAGAUCAGCGCGGACAGGCUGCAGGAGCUGUCAACGGACAUGCAGGGUCUGUGGCGCGAGGAGUUUGGCACAGAGUACCACGCCUGUCUCUGCUGGACCUGCGAAGCGGGCAGGGCCCACGUUAGUGUCGACGCUGUUGAGAGCAGGUUGCGUGAUGAGGAGAGGCAACGCGAGCUGCUUCCCCUGGCAGACCUUGCCUUCCCUCGCUGUGCGGACUGCGGCAACCAUCCCACAUCGUGCUGUCCCCCGAGUGAUGGUGCUGAGUGCGGAAGCGGCUGCGGCGGAGGGUGCGGUGGUGGUUGUGGAGGCGGUUGUGGAAGCUGUGGUGCCAUGAAAUAA